AUGGCUAUCGCCGACGAAUUUUCCGACGAAGACACAUCUCCGAUUGAAGAAGUCCGUUUAACGGUAACCAACACCGAUGACCCGACACUACCGGUUUGGACAUUUAGGAUGUGGUUCUUGGGUCUAAUCUCAUGUUCACUCCUCUCUUUCCUUAACCAAUUCUUCUCGUACCGAACCGAACCCCUCGUAAUCACUCAAAUCACGGUUCAAGUCGCUACACUCCCCAUCGGUCAUUUCUUGGCUAAGGUGCUACCCAAAACCCGGUUUGGUUUACCUGGAUUUGGAUCGACCCGGUUCUCGUUGAACCCGGGUCCGUUUAACAUGAAAGAACAUGUUUUGAUAUCCAUUUUCGCGAAUGCGGGUAGUGCUUUCGGAUCCGGGUCGGCUUAUGCGGUUGGUAUCGUUACAAUAAUCAAAGCUUUUUAUGGAAAAAAAAUUUCUUUUCUUGCCGGUUGGCUCCUCAUCAUCACUACUCAGGUAUUGGGAUACGGGUGGGCCGGUUUACUAAGGAAAUACGUGGUCGAACCGGCUCAUAUGUGGUGGCCUAGCACUUUGGUUCAAGUCUCACUGUUUCGGGCAUUGCAUGAGAAGGAUGAGCAAAGGAUGACAAGAGCAAAAUUCUUUGUAAUAGCAUUAGUUUGCAGUUUCGGAUGGUACAUAGUCCCUGGCUAUCUCUUCACAACACUCACAAGCAUCUCAUGGAUUUGUUGGGCAUUUCCAAGAUCAGUCACUGCUCAACAAAUCGGUUCGGGAAUGAGAGGACUCGGUCUUGGAGCCUUUACACUCGACUGGACCGCGGUUGCCUCUUUCUUGUUCAGUCCACUCAUUAGCCCGUUCUUCGCCAUCGCUAAUGUUUUCAUCGGUUAUGUUCUUUUGAUCUACCUCGUGUUGCCUAUAGCGUAUUGGGGAUUUGAUUCUUACAACGCUCAGAGGUUUCCUAUAUUUUCAUCGCAUUUGUUCACAUCGGUUGGUCAGAAAUAUGAUAUUCCGGCGAUCGUGAAUGAUAAGUUUGAGCUCGAUAUAGCUAAGUAUGAUCAACAAGGAAGGAUCAACUUGAGUAUGUUCUUUGCUCUUAGUUAUGGGCUUGGUUUCGCCACCAUUGCUUCUACACUCACUCAUGUAGCUCUCUUCUAUGGCAGGGAAAUUUCCGAGAGGUUUCGAGUUUCUUUCAAAGGCAAAGAAGAUAUACACACUAGGUUAAUGAAAAGAUAUAAAGACAUACCUUCAUGGUGGUUUUACUCAAUGUUAGCUUCUACACUUCUUGUCUCUCUUGCGUUAUGUGUUUUCUUGAACGACGAGGUUCAAAUGCCAUGGUGGGGACUUGUCUUCGCAAGCGCGAUGGCUUUUUUCUUCACACUUCCGAUCAGCAUCAUAACCGCAACAACUAACCAAACACCGGGAUUGAAUAUAAUAACGGAAUAUGCCAUGGGAAUCAUUUACCCGGGACGACCUAUAGCAAACGUAUGUUUCAAAGUCUAUGGAUACAUGAGUAUGGCACAAGCUGUCUCUUUCUUAAGUGACUUCAAACUUGGUCAUUACAUGAAGAUUCCACCAAGAUCUAUGUUCUUGGUUCAAUUCAUCGGUACAAUUCUUUCUGGAACAAUCAACAUGACGGUCGCGUGGUGGCAAUUAAAAUCUAUCAAAAACAUAUGUCAAGAAGAACUUCUACCUCCCAACAGUCCAUGGACAUGUCCCGGUGACCGUGUUUUCUUCGAUGCAUCAGUCAUUUGGGGAUUGGUCGGACCAAAACGGAUCUUUGGCUCUCAAGGAAACUACCCGGCCAUGAACUGGUUCUUCCUUGGUGGAGCGAUAGGACCGGUCAUUGUUUGGUUAUGCCACAAAGCGUUCCCAAAACGUUCUUGGAUUCCACUAGUGAAUCUCCCGGUUCUUCUAGGAGCAACCGCAAUGAUGCCACCAGCGACCGCGGUGAACUACAAUUCGUGGAUUUUGGUCGGGACGAUAUUCAACUUGUUUGUGUUCCGGUACCGGAAAAGUUGGUGGCAAAGGUAUAACUACGUGCUCUCAGCCGCCUUGGACGCUGGUGUAGCGUUCAUGGCGGUUUUGUUGUACUUCUCGGUGGGGAUGGAGGAGAAGAGUUUGGAUUGGUGGGGAACAAGAGGUGAACAUUGUGAUCUAGCUAAAUGUCCAACCGCUAGAGGAGUAAUUGUUGAUGGUUGUCCGGUUAAAUGA